GCCAGUUUCAAGCGCCGCAUCAGACAGGCAUGUUUUUUCAUCAUCGCUUAGUUUUGGGUCAUGGCUAAACAGUACGACUUCUUGUUCCGGCUGCUCAUGCUCGGAGACUCGGGGGUUGGGAAGACUUGCAUGUUGCGCCGGUUCACGGAAAGUGACUUUGACACUACACACAUUUCCACCAUCGGAAUUGAUUUUAAGAUGAAAACACUGGAGGUAGAUGGAACCAAGGUGCGAGUACAGAUAUGGGACACAGCUGGUCAGGAGCGCUAUCAGACCAUCACCAAACAGUACUACAGGAGGGCGCAAGGUGUCAUCUUUGUCUACGACAUCACAGACAAGCUGUCCUUUAAGCACAUAGCCAAGUGGGUCAGUGAUGUGGAUGAAUAUACUACCCAAAAAAUGGAGACCAUAUUGGUAGGAAACAAAUGUGAUGAAUCACUCAGGAGGGAAGUGUCAAAGAACCAAGGAACCAAGUUAGCAGGAUCCUAUGGGAUGGAGUUCUUUGAAACCAGUGCCUCCAAGAAUAUCAACAUCAGUGAGUCAUUCGAACGUCUGACAGAACUCGUGCUACAGGCUCACAAGAGGGACGUGGACCACCUGUUGGGAUCUCUGGACAGCUAUCUGGAUAAGGCAGGUCUGGAGGAAGACAAAGAGAGCACAGUGCCUCACUGUCCUCAGAGGAGCUGCGCCUGUUAGAAACAAGAUGACCAUCAUGGUGCCACAGCUUAUAGUUGAAGGCGCUCUGACUUGAUUCGCUCCCCCUCUGCCCUCUUUGUAGAUGCGGUGACUUGCUGCCCCAGGGGUUUAAUGAAGGGGUUUCACUUUUUGUACGUUUUUCUUUUUAAUCACACUGUGUUAAAUGCAUUUAGAAGCAGCUACCAGCAGGGGGCCAAUUUUGUUCCAUGAUCACUGAAUCUUAAAGCUGGUGAGGUUCCCGGAGAACACGGUUUUGUCUAAUAAAACUAUCC